AUGAAACAUAAAAUCACUUGCAUUUAACUAGAAGAGAAGAAUGAUCAAAAUUAACUAAUAGAAAAACUAAUAUAUAUUUAACUAAGAUUAAAGAAACUAUACUUGAAAAUGACUUUUAUUGAUAAUAGAAUUUAAGGAGUCAUUGAUUUCUUUUUAUAAUACUAAUUAGAUUUGGAAGUACUGUAUAUAGAUUUUAGAAAAGGAAUAGAUUUACAAAUUCGUAAGAAAUUGAGAACAAUGAUAUUGGAAAAUGUCAACUAUUUGAAAUCUUCCUGAAAUUUCCAUCUAUUCCUGUUAAGAAGGUCAUAGUAAAAUCCUUUUUUAUGACUUAAAAGGAUAUUAAAGUAUGAGUUAGAACUAAAAGUAUUUUAGAUUUUAUAAUACAACUUUUGUUAUUAUUGUACAUUAGAUAUAGUAUGAAUUUAAGGAUGCUGGAUAGAUAUUUUAAUAG